AGAAAUGUGAGGAGUUUAUUGAAGUCAUGAAAAUAAUAAUGACAGCAACAGUAGCACUAUGUGAAGAAAAGUUCCCUACUGCAGGGCUGAUUUUGCCUUUAUUAGGAAAACUGAGGAAGCAUUUUACAAUUUGUGACACUGAUUUGGAAUCUUUGAAAUCAAUAAAAGAGUUGGUUGGCAAGAAUUUAGCAGUAAGAUACACACAACAGGACAUUGUUCAUUUUCUAGAGGAGGCAAGUGCCCUUGACCCUAGAACUAAAAAAACCUCUAUGAUUGAUGAAGAAACAUGGGAGAGAAUUAUCAACAAGUGUAUUACCAUUAUUGCUUUGCACAAGAACAAUAUAAUUGCCAAGCAGGAACCAGGAGUAGUUACUGAUGUUUCUGUCCAACCAGCCCUACCAAGUUUAAAGGAUACACCUAAAGACGAAAAAGACAUUGCUGCUUGUGAGCCUCCACUGAAAAAGUCAGCUUUGUCAUCAUUGUUUGAGGAUGACAGAAGUAACUCAAGUAGAUCCUCCUUUACUAGACAGUGAAAUUGCCAAAAGGGAAGUAGAAAAAUACAGAGCUAUUCCACCAGCAAGCAUGUUGGAAAACUCUCUUCUGUUUUGGAAGGAAAGGAGUUUUGACUUUCCAAAUUUGAUUGUUCUUGCUGAACAAUAUCUUUGUGUUCAAGCAUCCUCUGUAGCCUCAGAAAGGGUAUUUAGCACCAGUGGCGACAUUGUUUCCAGCACAAGGGCCUGUCUGAAACCAGCCCAAGUGGAUGCCUUGGUUUUUCUUAAGAAAAAUAUGGGCAAACAAUGAAAUUAAUUUGUCUUGCAUUGACAAUACAAA